AUGAAGGUUCCUAAGAGUGAAGCUCUGGAGGCCACCAAAUUUGCUAUAGGUGCUGGGUUCCGCCAUAUUGACUGUGCAUAUGUCUACCAAAAUGAAGAGCAGGUUGGACAGGCCAUCCGAAGCAAGAUUGCAGACGGCACUGUGAAGAGAGAAGACAUAUUCUACACUUCAAAGCUUUGGGCCACUUUCCUCCGACCAGAGUUGGUGCGACCAGCCUUGGAAAAGUCACUGAAAAAUCUUCAACUGGACUAUGUGGACCUCUAUAUUAUUCACUUUCCCGUGGCUAUGAAGGUUGGCAGUUUGGGUGAUGACAAGUGUUUUAUUUCUUAUGUCAGAAUGUCUAGUAACUUGCAUAAGUGGUUGAAUGGAGAUUUUUCAGAUAGAUGUCAGGAUGAUUCACUAGAGUCAAAUCCCCAAAGUAACAAUUUUUAUUACAUUUUUACUGAGCUUUUUGAAUCCUUACUAUUCUUUCCAUGCCCCCAAGAGAACAGAGUCCAACAAUCUCACACCUUUGCCUUAAAAAUCUCGAGGGAUGCGGGACUGGCCAAGUCCAUCGGGGUGUCCAACUUUAACCACAAGCAGCUGGAGAAGAUCCUGAACAAGCCAGGGCUCAAGCACAAGCCCGUCUGCAACCAGGUGGAAUGUCACCCUUAUCUCAACCAGAGCAAACUGCUGGAUUUCUGCAAGUCCAAGGACAUUGUUCUGGUCGCCUACAGUGCUCUGGGAUCCCUCUUCCCUUCUUUCCAGGUUUUUGACUUUGAGUUGACGCCAGAAGACAUGAAAGCAAUUGACGGCCUCAACAGAAACUUACGAUAUUGUGAUACAACUUCUUUUAGUGAUCACCCUGACUAUCCAUUUUCUGAAGAAUAUUGACUGUGAGCUCUCCACCAUGAGUUCUGUCUGAAUGUAUUGCUUCUAGGGGUGUGGGAAGAAUUUCUGUACCUGGCGGAGCUAAUUAAAAGCAGUGUCUCUAGUUUAA